AUGGAGCAGGAGAGGAAGCGGGACUCGGCGGCGGCGGGCGCGGCGCUGGUGGUGGUGCUGGAGUGCGUGGCGGGGAGCUCCAAGGCGGAGGAGUGGGGCGGCGGCGGGGGCGUGGUGCAGGAGGGGGACGUGGUGGAGGCCGUCCGCGUCGGGGUGGGCUCCGCCGCCGCCUCCCUCGACGCGCCCUUCAAGGGCGGCAGGGCCGCGCUGCACAAGGCCCUGCACGCCGCCUUCAAGCGCGGGGACACCUCCGUCGAGGUGCGCGUCCGCGGCGGCAAGGACCUGCAGGCCUGCGUCCUGCCCCACCCCGCCGGCGGCAGGAAGCAGUACGUGCUCCGCUCCCUGCACGACCCCAACUACGUGCUCGGAUUCGGCGACCGCCUCGAGAGCGACUGCCUCGCGCUGCAAGGCAACAGGGGCACAAGAGUUGCGUCAGCGCUGAGCAAGGCUACACUUCAGGAUGGGUACGUCGCAUAUCCAUGGGAGCAGAAGAUGCGGGACUCUUUGUGCGCGCCCAACUCCAGCUGCUGCCUCUCCAUUCUCAUCCUCCCCAAGUCCCUGGACCAGAAUGCAUGUCGUUACGAGUCCUUUGAAGACACAUUGGCUCGUGCCAACACAUGGCUCUCCUCGUCGCAGGCCUCAGGAAUCCCUAUUAAGUUCAUGAAUCUGCAGAGUGAAGCUCUUCUCACCAAGAUAUCUGGAGAGACAGCGUCUCCAACUGUCAAUUCUGGGUCAUUGUCUGAUAUGUCGAACCUCGUGAAUGCGACCCUAUAUGGUUUCGAGGACUACCAUGGGGUGGACAUUGGUGUGGUGAAGGCAGCCCGGAUUUGGUACAGAUCCACAGCAGGAGAAAUUCCGCUGGAGAUCCAACUUCAAGAAGGCGACACAAGACUAGGAUUUUCAGUCAGCCGUACUGAAGAGGGUUUUAUCUACAUAUCUUCGGUGGUCGAAGAUGACAAGGGCAAUGAGGCACCAUCAACAAGGUCAGGGCUCCGCGAUCUAUUCAACCGGGCUAAAGAGGCGUCGAAACUGCUGAUCAUAUCAAGGGUGUCCAAUGAGAAGGUCCUCCCCUGGAUGAUCUCCAGUUCAGGUGCGGUCCGAUGCUUCGACACCAUCUCCCUCAGCCAAAAGCUCUCCUUGCACCGCCUCGCGUUGCACCCCAUCCAGCUACAUGUGCUCAUGUGGGAGAAACCUGUUGGUAGUAUGAUUCUUUCUCCGAAACUGCCCCCUCAGGCGAUGCUAACUCAGGUGCCCUUUAACUUCAUUGAGAGCAUUGAACCUAGAGGGGAUUCUGAAGAUUACAGUGUGGGGGAUGCGUCGUUUCGGCUUUUGGAUUCUCCAACUAGCAGCUGGGUAUAAUUUGAAGUUUAGUUCUCCUCAGAAGGCUUCCUGAUAGGCUUCAAAUUGGUGAUUCUUAGGGUACCAUCUUAACCUCUUUAGGUCAAUCAAAUGAACUAAAAAUCAGAGAUUUAUGCAAUUUUAGAAUUUUAGUUCAUUUCCUUGAACUAUAGAGGGCUAGAGGGGGAUACCCUAGGGGUCACAAAUCUGCACCUCUACUUCGUGGUGGCUACUUCCUAAUAGGCACAUGUAAUGUUGCCAUCUUAUCUAGUUUUAUGGGCAGUAUGCUUAGUUUGUGCUAGAGAAGUGUUGUUCUAUCUGGAAAUUGUUUAGAAACUCUGUAAGUUUCUGGCGUAAUAUCCGAAGAACAUGUUGUGAUGCAUUCUUUUUUAUGAUCAUGACAUAACAAUGGAGGUAUAUAUUACUACA